AUCGGCACCUGCGUUCAGAAUGGAUUCUUCCACUAUUCUGCAAGCCUACCCUGAAUGAGUCAUCCAGCUCGUCUCUUAUUGGAUAAGACCAUUCCAUCCCGAGGGACUGCCUUCCUUGCAGAGAGAGAGAUAGAAAGGCCUUGCUCCAUUCACAGAAACAUUGGUAUGCGAGCCUAGCUGUUUCAUUCACAUAAAGACUAAAUAAUAUUUGCCUUCAUCGUUCUGAUUCUUCUAUCGUCUUCUUUCUCAAGUCCUCUCUGAUUUAAGAGAAGCUUCUUUUAUCUCUCCUUCCUUUUUUGUUUGCUUUUGUUUCUGAGGAGAAAGCAAACGUGCUUUCCUUUUUUUCUGUAUUUGCCAGGCAGGAAGGCGAGAGAGAGAGAGCGAGAGAGAGACAGAUAGACAGAGAGAGAGAGAGAGAGAGAUGUUGGGAGGGACUGCAGUGCAGUGCGAAAUCUGCAGCGGCAGGAUGAGAGAGAGCGGAAGCUUAUGAAUGACUGUCGGUCUUCUUAGUUGUGUCGCUCCUGUGGACAUUUUACAUGAAUGGUUUUUGGCUUCAUGUAGAAAGACUGCUGAUCUAGACUGCUGCUCUACUGACGCCUUGCCUUGCUGUUUGGAUGAGCCUGUCUUCAUGUGUUUCUGUUCUGCGCUGAGUCAGACUUAUCUGUUUAAUUUGAAAACGUGUUUUUAUUCUGUUUAUGAAUUAUUCACUGGGAUAAUUCAGGACAGGCAGGUUGUUAUCAGAGAGGUGAAGUAUCAUUCUACUGAUCCUUUGUCUCAGAAUGUAAAUAGAAUAUGAUAAUAUAAAUGUAUAAUAAUAAUAGUGAUAAUAUAAAUUGAUAAUAAUAAUAGUGAUAAUGCAAAUUCAACAGAGGAAGGAAAAUAUCUAUUCUACGUUGUUCAAUAUUUUUUGAAUGAUAGAUUAUCAUGAAGUGUACUGAUGCAUUUCAAUACAUAGUGGUGUUAUCUAGAUGUAUUUUAAUAGAAGAUUAGGGUCUAUUUUUUGCAUUUGUUUAAAAUAUUUGUAUUAAUCUCAUGCAUGUGUCAUCAUCAUGGUAGAAUAUAAUAUUUACCUUUAUGACGUUAUAGAAGAUGUGUAUUGCUGUCCUUGUCCGUGUCAUUGCAUUUCUUUUUGCACGCUCCACUGAGAACAGUAUGUUAAUGUAACAUUCAACUUGUACAUUUUGUUGCAAAUACAGAUACUAGUAAGAUUGUCCUCUUCUUCUGAAGUACUGUGGACAUGGAAUAGAUUCAUUGCCAGCGGCAUGCCUAUCACUCACAUCAAUGUUAUUUUUCCUUGUUUCCUAUUUAUCUGUCAUCACCUGUCAUCAGUAGGCUAUAUUCAGCAUCAAUUACUUAGAUUUUCCCCUUCACAGGAACAUAACCUCUUUUAAUCCCAGUCUGUAGAGGAGUUUGUUUUAACCAGAUAAUGAGGGAAGGGAGUAURAAGGGAGACAAGUUGAUAAUCAUUUAUUAUCUUUUAUCAUCAGGAUAUAUUUUUGUCUUUGCGAUUCUCUUUCCCUUUUCCCCAAAACCGACCGUACCACAGAGUAAAAUAGAAAAGCAUUCCUGCGGUGAAGAGGACAUAUCCGUCUGGGAAAUUUGAGAAUUGAUUGGUUCUAGUGUGCUGUAAGUGGGAGGAUUUUUUUUUUUGUAACAGGAAGUGAUUUUCAGUGUUCAGUGAGCCUUUUGUUGAGAAGGUCUCUGUUCAGAUCUGUGAGUCAUGCUUCUGCUUUGAGCCGGUAGGCAACAGUGAGAGGAGAGCAGCAGCGCUAUAUAACUAUAUCCUCCUCUACCACGUCCAUCUCUCUCUCUGCAUUCUGGAAGCUUCUGGAACCCUUUUUUCACCUUUCCUCCAUGUUCUAUUUCCAUGGAUUGUGUUCUUCUUAUCUGUUUAUUUUCUACCAACGGAUUGGAUCAUCGCGGCGUUGGAUUUUCCUAACAGCAACCUCAGCCUCAGCAUCAAUAACAGCAGUAGCAGCAGCACUAACCCAGCUCUCUAACUUCCUCAGCAGCAGAGAAAAUUCUAGUCAACCAUCGUACAGGGCCUGCUGGGGUUACUAUAAGGCAUUUGCUAUGUUUAAGGAGAGAAGGAUAAUUUACUUGGCGGCGUUACAUCUGCCGGUGCGUUUGUAAGGCAGAGGAGGGGGCAGAGGCAGAGAAGAGGGGAAUGCUUCACCGUACCAAAUACAACAGAUUCAGGAAUGAGUCGGUGACGUCCGUCGAUGAUCUACACGGCCUCACCAUGAACCCCAAGUCCUCCGCCGAGCCCCCGUACACCCCUCCUGCAGCGCCAUCCGAGGGCGGCGUGAACCACCACCACCACAACCCCGCUGCCGACCCCGCAGACGAUGGAGCCACCACCCUGUGCACCCUCAUCAACAAGGUGUCCAACCUGAAAUUCACCAACUCAGGCUCCAGCCUGCUGGGUAUCAAGAGCCUCCCCUCCCACGUCAAGGACCUGACCCUCUCCAAGCUGCAAGGUGCUGGAGGCUCCGGUGGGGGCUCCGGUGGGGGCUCCGGUGGGGGCUCCGGUGGUGGAUCCAGCGGUGGCUCCAGCUGCAUUGGUAGCGGCUCUGGCUCCAGUGUGUCGUUGGCAGCCUCCGGUGGUGGUAACGGUGGUGGCAGUGGCGGUAACGGCUCCUCCUGUGGCUCAGCCUCCAGCAUCUCCCACCACCACCACCCCCCCUGCUCCCACUCCCACUCCACCCAGCAAGAGCCAGGCACCAUGAGCAACGCAGGGGGAAAGAAGGGCAGCAGGUUGGGGCUGGAAGAGAGGGAGGCUGGGCAGAGACAGGGACAUGGAGGGGAGGACUGGGGACCUAGUGGAGGAGGAGGAGGUGGAGGAGGAGGUAACAGUGGACUGGUGAAUAAAUCCUGUUCCAGAGGAUGGCUGCAUUCCAGUGAGAAGAUCUCUGGACCCGGAGUGACGUACAUUGUAAAGUAUUUGGGUUGCAUUGAAGUCCUUCGGUCGAUGAAAUCACUGGAUUUCAACACGAGAUCGCAAAUAACAAGYGAGGCCAUCAGCUUGGUGUGUGAGGCAGUCCCGGGGGCCAAAGGAGCGCUGCGGAAGAGAAAGCCUCCAUCUAAAGCCCUGUCCAGUAUCCUGGGGAAGAGUAACCUCCAGUUUGCUGGGAUGAGCAUCAACUUGAAUAUCUCCACCAGCAGCCUCAACCUGAUGACCCCAGACUCCAAACAGAUCAUAGCCAAUCAUCAUAUGCAGUCCAUUUCCUUUGCAUCAGGAGGAGAUACAGACACGACUCAUUAUGUUGCCUAUGUAGCAAAAGAUCCUGUCAACCGAAGAGCGUGUCAAUUCUGGAGUUGUUGGGAUGGUCUGGCCCAGGAUGUGAUCAGCACAUCGGCCAGGAGCUUUGACCUCCGUUUCCAGCAGUACCUCCAGUGUCCUCAGCAAAGCCCUCUGUGUGAUGACAGGGUUCUGAAUAUGGAGUCAGUCUGGACAGAGGAGGAGGAGGAGGAGCCUGCUGAACAUCCAUACUACAACAAUAUCCCCGGAAAGAUGCCACCACCUGGAGGGUUCAUAGACACCCGGCUAGGCCAGAGCAUCCAGGCUGAGCAGCAGGCCCCAGGGGCUGGGGUGGACCAGACUUACUACCAGGGUAGACACUGUGGCGAGAUCUGGGGAUCGGACAGGAGGCCUACUGGGAUACUCGUCCAACAGGGAUCAUGUGACAUCUACAGUCUGCCCGAGGGGAAGAGUACAGUACCAAAAACGGGGGAUGUGCCUACGUACGUGAACACCCAGCAGAUCGACGCCCAGGUGCUGGCAGCCCUGCAGGCUGAACAGGACAGCAUGGCAGCAGGAGGGGCAGCGGGCACAGCAGCCAAAGACAGUCCCAGGAAAGACCUGUUCGACAUGAAGCCUUUUGAGGAUGCCAUCCUGACCCAGUCAGCGGUCCCUGCCCUUCACAAGGCUGGAUCUGUGGAUAACUCCAGCCCCUUGUUGGUGCGCUCUGCUGCCUUCAAGGCCCAGGAGGAGCUGGAAGGCCAGGCCUGGUACCACGGAGAGAUGAGCCGACGAGACGCAGAGAAACUACUGGUAGAUGACGGAGACUUCCUGGUUAGGAAGAGCACCACCAACCCUGGGUCGUACGUACUGACGGGCAUGCACAAUGGACUGGCCAAACACCUACUGCUGGUGAAUCCUGAGGGCACGGUGCGGACAAAAGAUCACAUAUUUGACAGCAUCAGUCACCUGAUAGGCCAUCACCGUGACAACAGCUUGCCCAUAGUGUCUGCAGGAAGUGAACUUUGUCUGAAGCAGCCUGUGGGCAACAGGAAAUAGUGACGAUCCACUCACUAAACCUGAUGGGAGAUGGAGUUCUGAAACUUAAACCUCCAAUCCCUCCUGAAAACCUGAAACUUGAAGAUGAAAAUAGAGAAUAUAUUAUUGUUGAAAAAAGGUUACUUAACGAUGAUGACAGUGUCUUGGAAGCUGAGCAAACUCCCGGGCKACAAAAAGGAGGACGAAAAAGAAGAAGGUUUGCUGAUAUAAAAAAUAUUUAUAGAACUGUUAUUAUUUUGUUGUGGUGAUUGAAAUGCUAUAUUUUUGAGAAGACAUAUAGGUGCAUUUGGGACAUAUAUGUUGAUUUGGUGUUUUAAAAACAAAGAAAAACAACUGUUAGUAGUUUAGAUGACGAAGCGCAAAUCGACAUCAAAGAGGGGAAAGAAAAUAGUAUUUUCGAAUAAAACCCUGAAUUUUAGUUUUGUCUAUCAAGCACAACCAGAUUUACACAGUCAUUGGUAAGUAGGAGUUACAUAGAGGAGAACAACUAUUUGAAAAUGCUGUUGUUUAUAUUGAAACUAUUUUAGGAUUAUUUGUCCUUUAUCGCAGCUAUAGCGCGACGACAUCUUCCCUUGYGGUUACUAAUGAAUCUAUCCUGUUUCCCAGACCUGUUUGUGAUGUCUUGCCAAUACCUGAGGGUGGGACAAUGACCAUAGCCCAUAGGAGUUGCUAAGACAGCACAAAUGGGUCUGUGACCAGGCUAAAAUGAAUCUGCUUUAUAAGAACUAAAGACGUGAAUGUGUUUUGCUUUACAGUAGUCACAGUGUGUUGGGGUCAGGGGUCGCAACCUUUGGCACCUCAUAGUGCUGUCAACAUGGCUUUAAAGAUACUGGGUGAAUCUCAGUUGUACUCCCUUGAUUCCUUGCAUCCUCUCUCCUUGCCCCCU